CCGCCUCCUGGACCCUCCCCGAAAGCCAAGAAGCGGGAAGCAGGAAGCCCAGGGUGGAGGAGCGCCGGAACGAGGGCUGGCGGUCGCCGGCGAGGCCCCGUGAAGAUGCCGCGGUCUCCCCUCCCCCUCCUGCAGGAAUUAAAGCUGGACUCCCCUUCAGGACAGACCUGCAAUUCCUGGUGUGAUGAGAGAGUGGGAUUUGCUGUCCUGAAGUCACUAAGCUUGGGCCCUGGUCCCUCUUCAUGAGAGACUAGAGAGAUGGAAGCCUUAGAAGCCGGGACUAAAAAGAGGGUCCUCCCCACAUGGAUGACAGCCCAGGAGGUUGAAAAGAGGACGACACAGGUGAAGAUCCCCAAGAGGAGGAGAACUGCAGUGGUGCCGGCAGCCACAGCAAGACUUCCUGCCACGAGGACUGUGUACUGCAUGAAUGAGGCUGAAAUCGUGGACGUUGCUCUGGGGAUCCUGAUUGAGCAGGACCGAAAACAGGAAAAGCCCUCGGAGCGGCCGCCUCUGGCAGGAGCUGAUAAGCCAGAGCUCUCCCCCGCCAGCUCAGCUGAGGACAGAAGUGAGGACGGGGACAGUGGGGACAUUGGCCUUCCCCCGGGUUCCCCUCCUCCAGGGCCUGCGAGUUCUGACCCGGCCUGCAGCGGAAGCCCCGGGGAGGAUCAAGACGCGUUAAAAUACGUCAGGGAGAUAUUUUUCAGCUAAGGGAUAGACUUCCCAGCACGUCCUGCUCCGAGCGGCUGAAGGAAGCCGGGUUUCCCCUCUUGGCCGGGAGUGGUAGUGGGGCUGCCCUCAAACUGUGGCUUCUGCUCCCAGCUCCACACCCCCCUGAGCCAGGCAGGUUCAUCUUGGAGCAGGAGUGCCUAGAUGCUCCAGGCCGUGGGAAUUGAGGAAUCAAAAUGAGCUCCCAUUAGAAUUCCUCCCUGCACUGUGCCCUCUCCCUGCUCAGAGUGUCUGGAAUCCCAACAGUUGUUUUAUUCAGUUACCUGGUUCCAGGGAAAUGAGGUCAUGGUGGUCAAACUUACUGGAACUGAAGAGUCAACUUAAUUUUCAAAGAAAAACAAGUAUGGCUGCUAAGGACACUGGAAUUCUGUGAUUUAGUCUCCCUAAGGAGGAAGCCUGUUUAAAUAUAGCUUCCAUCACGAGGCAGUCAGUCAGUCUGUGAGCCCUCGCUCGUCCAGCCCUGAAGGCAGACAUCCUGCCACAGUGUGGGGCUCCGCUUGGGAGCCUGAGGCUCAGUGCACAGAUUGGGAAGCCUCCUGACCAAACAAAGCUGCUACCUUUCUUCCACUUGGUGCCCUUGGCCUUGGUCCAGAGGCAGUUGGAAAGCAAGAGUGGGACAGGAGCCCAAAGGAGAUGCUAAGGACAAGACAUCACACCGGAGUCCAUGUUUCUGUCUCUGUAUUCAGUGUGGCUUUUGACAGGCAUAGAGUGAGGUGAUCAUUUGCUGUACGGGUUUUCCUGUAGGUGGAUGCUGAAAAAUACACACAGUUCCCUGGUACGUGAGUUGUGUGUGUAUCCUUUCCGGUUUAGGGGUGCAGAGGGAGGGGCUGCAGCAUUUACAUGGAUGUAGAGCCGUUCAGUCCCGGUCACCUUCCUCUCCUGACUGGAGAUCUGGCGUAUUUGGCUCAUCUGUCAGCUGACCCCUGUCUGGCUACAGGCCCAGGAGCCUUUCCAGGGGAACCUUCAAAGCCACCAAGGCUGCUCUUUGUGUCCAUGUGUUCUCUGUCUUUGGUGAGUCCCUCAGAUCACUCCUGGGCCUCUGGGAGUGGUUUCAGGGGUGAGGGGCUCACCGUGUCACCCCUCGGAUGGUGAAGGGGAGCUUACUAACCAGAACCCCCAGGGUCACCGAGGUCUUCCUUCAUAAACCUUCACUGGGUUCCAGUCUGGCAUUUGGCAACUCCUUCUGGAACUCUGGCCCCAUGACAGGAAGCCUAAUCUCCCCAUUGUUCUGAGGAUAAAGCACGGAUGGCUUGCUCAGAUCAGUUAAUUAAGGCAGAAAUUCUCAUGACAAUGAGCUGCGUGGUUUUAGGGUGUCCUUAGGAACUUUGGGAGUCCCGAAGGACAGACAUCUACUCUAAGAAGCCGGAGGUGCCCUGGACGCCCUUGCUGCCUCUUGGCCUCCUUGACGCUGGGUACCCCACCCACUCCGCGGUGGGUCCCGUCUGCUAGAACUUGAGGUCCGCAUUAGCUGUGAAACAGAGUGGCUGAGAAGAUGUCCCAGCCCAGGAAUUCUCUGGCAUCUUCUCUGAACGUAGUUCAAACCGAGCGCUUGCGAUUGUGGCAGCCUUUAGUCAGAACCAGCAGCUCUCGAGCCUGCUCUUGUCCUUUGCCCUGUGAGGGAACACAGCUGUGGCCAUAAGCAAGAGGAUGAGUAAGGCCUGGGCGACUCCCAGAGCUAGAAACCCAGGCCCUGGCAGGGAGAGCCUGAUCCACUUCCACGUGUAGGUGAGGAAGAGGCCCAGGCCGCUGGCCAGCAGCACAGAGGACGUGGCCAGGAAGCCCACCGCCAGCCUCCACUCCCCCUCGUUGCUGUUGCACCAGGCCAGAAGGAGGGGCAGGGGGACAAAGAGGGCGAGGACCAGGGCCCCAUACACGCCCAGCCUGGCCAGGGCCAGGCCAACGCGAGGCACCCCCAGGGCCUCCAGCUCAGGGAACUGGUGGCACUGUAGGGCGCCAAUGUCCUCAUUCCAGAGGCAGAAAUUGUAGAAGCCAAUCCUGAGGUCGGGCAGGUCAGUGAGGUUGCCGGCCUUCCAGAGGAGAGCGUAGAACAGUAGGAAGAUGACCACGACCGUGAGCACCACGAUGCCCAGGAACAGCAGCUGGCUACUCCACCUUGACCUUAGGCUGCUCAUCUUCUCCUCCCAGGGCCGCCUUCCUCGGUGC